CAAUAAGUACAAUAUAUCACACAAUAUACCACUUUAAGCCAACUCAAUUUACAACCGUUUCGGAUAGAGGAAAUAGAAAUCAAUUAUACAAACGAUUGGCUAAUUAGAAAGCUAUUCUUCUACCCGUGCCUCAAAAUUCAAAGAAUUAAAACCGCCAAACGAUGCGCCCUACAUCUUAACUCUACUAGAAGAGAACCCCAGCGCAACACCUAGAACUCCCAAAUAAACCACCACCACCAUGGCGCCCCCCACGAUCCUCGCCCACAAAUCCUCCUUCCUCACCGCGCAGACCCUCCACCUAUCCCAAUCCCUCGCACCGAGCACCACAUGGCGCACAUCCAACCAGCGCAUCCCCGACAACGGCGGCAGCCUAAGCGACCGCGUCGUCGACGAGGUGCUGUACCGCGCCAACCACAUCUUGCAGCAACACGCGCGCCGCGUGUAUGCGCCCCAGGCUAGUCGGCAUGUCGCGGAGCAGAUCGAGACGCUGUACUUGGAGGCUGCAGAGAGGGCUGUGCGCGGGGAAGGGGGGGGAGGGGGGGACGACGAUGACGGGGUAGAUGUAGGGACGGGGUUGGGAGGUGGAGGACCCAAGUUUUUGAUGGUGGGUGCGGAUUUUGCAUCCGACGAAGUCAUCGCCUCCCUCCCCAACACAUGGGACCAACACUCAACCUCGCAAUCCGAAGCCCACCCCGCCGAAGCCCUACGUUACGCCGACCUCGCAACCUCGCUAUCAAUCCUCUCCUCGCGGCGAAAAGAAACCCGCGCGCGCCUCGAUCGUCUCCGUCGAAUGCGCAACUUACUAGCUCCCUUUUCUUCUGCCACCACCACCCCCUCCUCUUCCGCCAUCGACUCCUCCAAACCGCAAAGUAGUAGCGGUGCGAACGAAGUCGGCAAUUCAAGCGAAUCCGGCGUCGAAAAAGUCCAACCGAACCUCGUCACGCGCGACGGCGAAAUGGAAAAGGAACUCGAGCGCAUGCGCGUGCUAUUGGUACGCGUCGCCUCCCGUGUCGCCCAGUUGCCGGACCCGGCGCCUGGCGAGGACGUUGUGAUGGAGGAUCUAGAGGCUGUGGAGCGGAGCAAGAUUGAGAGGUUGCUUGAUGGCUUUUGAUAUGUCGUGACAUUACAUGCUGGCGCUUACCAUGCUGGCACAGUUCUAGUUGUUUAUUAUUGUGUGCGGAAGAAAGGAAGAAAGUAGCGUCUCGGGUUUCGGGGCGGCUAGUUGGCCUGGCUUGGUAGUCGACUCGCCAUGGCGUUACGCAAGAAUGAUGAUACCCCUAUAGUUAGUACAUAUCUACAUACCUCAUAUCUAGCUGAGAUAAUGUCAAUUAAACAAGUUAAAUCGACAUCAUACG